CACAGAAUGCAGUUUAAACCUUGCUUCUGACACAGGUACAGCAUUUUCUGUUAUUUUCCUAUCAUAUUUAUUUAUCCCCCAUUACUUCAUACUGAGAAGAUUGCUUACUGAAAACUCAACUGAUUUUUAUUUAGAAAUUAGACAUCACCAAAAUAUACCGAAACCCUCUUUCUUGUUUUAACCAGCACUUUCCCUUCUUUCACCACUUUUCAUUAAGCCCUCUGUUUUAGUGUUUGGGUUUUAUCUAGAUCCACCUCACUGAAGUGCAUGGCCAUACGCUCCUUCUUCCUUCAAUUUUUGUGCACAGGAAAUCUGCAGCAUUACAGAACUUUAAUACCUUAUCAGACCAGGAAAAUUUUGUUUUUCUGAUAGUAUCAGCUAUUAAGAGCUGCAUAAUUCAAGGGUCAUUGAUAGAAACAUGGUUCAGCUUCKUAGAGACAGAAAAUUACUUCAGGUUCUAAGCAUCCAGGAAAGUCUGAGUCAGAACAAGACAUGCAUGGGGUUUAUAGUGAAGCCUAAAUAUCUGAAAAUUCAGGAACCCAGAGUAUGAAAAACAGAAACAUUUGCCUUUUUAAUUCAUUCAAAGAUUACUGAAAAAAAAGGAUAUAAUUUUAUCAUCAGUAUAGGCCUGGUUUUCCUAAAAAUCUUGGAAGUCAUUAAAUGAAUGAAUAAAACCUAUUCAUCCUUCAAAGUGGUGCGAUGCAACCCAAACAAAUUCUGUUUAAAAUUUGUUAGGUCUCUGAUAAUGUGCAAAACAAGAAUACUGCUGAUAUCUUUUCCCAUGAAGGCCGGACAAAUACUGUUUAAAAUUUGUUMGGUCUCUGAUAAUGUGCAAAACAAGAACACUGCUGAUAUCUUUUCCCAUGAAGGCUGGAUAGACGACAAACGCUAUAAAAAAGAUCACAGUGAAGGACAAAGAACAUUUUGGCUCCUCUAGGACAGUGCAUACUCCAUAGCAGACACACGGAGAGAGAAAAACUGAAAUUAUGAGCCGCAAGUCACGUGUGAAGUUACUUAUGGAGAAAUUUGAGGCAGGUAACAGAGAAAGAGAGGAUGCUUCCAACAAUCAACCUGUCAAAAAACCAAGACAAGAUAUCCCUACAGGAUUACAGACCAGGAAAGCGGCAUUUGAGAAAUUUGCCAGUAAAGGAUACGCAACAUCUUCUUCAGGACCCAGUGCCCUUCCAAAAUCUGACCCCAAAGCUCCUCCGGGAAUCAAGCAUUCAAGUGAUGACAAAAGAGAGAAGGAUCCAAACUUACCUCAUUUGAACCCAGUGGCACAAAGAUUCGGUGUUCAGCUUCAGCCCACUAACAGAGGAAAUUAUGAAAAAACUGGAUGCGCUAAAUUAUCUGUCAAAACCAGUGACCCACCCAAAGAGGACCCAAAGCCUUUGCAAGCAAAACCUGCACAGAACAAGUUCCUUGCUCCUCCCGAAAAAGAAAAAAAUCCUCUGGGACCAAAACCAAAUUUAAAGCUUGCACCACAGGAGAGUGAAGCAAAACCAGAAUUUUCGAAAGUAGCUGCAGCUAAGGAAAAAUUAAGGUUUGCAGCACAAGAAAAUGAGCCCAAGCCUCCUGUCUCCAAACCACCCCUUGCCCAGAAACCUUCUCUUAACAAUGAGGUCUCUCAGAAUGAAGACACAUCUAAUAAAAGUGGUUUUCUGCAAAGACUGUCAGGACCUAAAACAAAUGUGCGUGCACUUCAAGAAGAAAAGCAAACGGGUGAAAAUAAUAACUCUGCUGCUGAAUCCGCAGGCAGUCAUCUUCCUAAAAUAGCUCUGAAGCCUACUGGCCACAGGUCCAGUUUAUUAAAAGGAACCUCCAAAAAUGUGGAGGAAAAUACAGAAGAAAAGGGAAUGAGUUCUGCCAAGAACAUCCUCCUCAACAAAACCAUCCAGGAAGAAUCAGGUUCCUCUCAUAAAUUCUGUAAGAUGAACACAGCACUUGCUGCAGGAGGACCAUCAGGUGAACCACAAGAGAGAGAGGAUGGGAAGAGGAGGUCUAGAAAGAGGAAGUCUAGAACACCCAAGCGGAAAGCCUUGCCCCCAGUGUUCGAGCUGAGCCAGCCCCCACAGAAGCCCAAGAGACCCCCCACUGUGAACCUGGGAAAGUUCCAGAAGAGCAGCCAAAAAAACAAUACUCAGAAUGAAGAUUUGAAACAAAAAGGACCUUCCUCAGCAGCACCUGCCCCCUCGGUAUCUCCAUCACACUAUCCUGUGCAGUUGCCACCUCGUCCGCCAGCCUCUCACCCAUCCCUGCAGGUGCCAGCAGCUCCCAGUCUGCCUCCCAGAAACAUCAAGCCCAGCUCUGAAACAAUAGGCCCAGACAAUGAAGAAAAUUAUGAUGAUGUUGAAUUUGUCUCACAGGGUCAUGGAAAUACACAGGGGGGCCAAGAAAGUGAUGGAGAGAUGUAUGAAGACAUUAAUGACAUCAGAUCGCCAAGGGGAAAAGAGAGGAAGCAGGACAAAGAAGAUAAGAGAAGAAUGGAUCAAGAGAAGAAAGAACAAAAAGAAAAAGAAAAGAAAGAACAGGAAUUAAGGAGAAAGUUCAAAUUAACGGGACCCAUUGAAGUCCUUCAUCAGGCACGAGCUUGUGUAGACCACAAGGGAGGGAAGAAUGAACUGACCGUCAAACAGGGGGAUAAGAUUGAAAUCAUUCGCCUCACAGACAACCCAGAAGGAAAGUGGCUGGGCAGAACAAAAGGAUGCUAUGGAUACAUUAAAACAACCAUGGUGGAGAUUGAUUAUGAUUCUUUAAAAAGAAAGCAGCAACCAUCUGUCAGAGCUGAUGUGAAACAUACAGAGAGUGACCAAGAAACAUAUGAUGAUGUUGGAGAGCAGGACACCACUAGCAGUCAAAGUGGUGACCAGAGCGGAAGUGGAAAUGUAUUCUCAUCUCCUCCUUCUGAUCAAGACAUUUAUGAUGAAGAUGCCAUAUCUAGGUCUGUAUCGCAGGAUGAAGAUAAGAAUGGUAUCUGGUCCUGGGGAAUCUUGAAGAGGCUAAAGGUCAAAGAUGACAAAAAGAAAAGUGUACGAGAAAAAACAGCCAAAGUCAAUGAGGCAGAAGAAAAUGAAAAUUUGUUCAUGUCAUCUUCAACAAAGCAGUCUGGAAAAGAUUAUGGAGACAGUGUUUAUGAUGAUGUGGAUUCUUCAGACUUCUCGCCUCCACAACCYGGUCCCAGCUCAUCAAAAUCAGCAAGCUUUGGAAAACGUAAGUCAGAAGAAAAAGAUGUACAGAAGCUCAAGAAGAUGGAAAAAGAAGAGAAAGAGUUCAGAAAGAAGUUCAGAUUUGACGGCGAAAUAAAAGUUCUUUACUCUACAACCACAAUUCAGGAUUUCCCUCCAAAAAGAUGGGGAUAUAAAUACCUACAAAUUAAAGGAGGGGAAACUCUUGACGUUAUUGAAAGUACGGAUGAUACCAAGGUCCUUUGCAGGAAUGAGGAAGGAAAAUAUGGCUAUGUUCUGAGAAGCAAUUUAGCUCAGAAUGAUGGAGAAAUUUAUGAUGAUAUUGGUGACGGUUGCAUCUAUGAUAACUACUCUGAUGUUGAAUUCUCUUGAAAUAACAACCUCAUUGAAGAUCAAACUCUAGUUUGGACACCCACCAAGAGUCACUAAAGUUGGUUGCAAGUUAAUUGGUUACACUCUUCAAAAUGUACAAGAAACCUUUUUUUGGAUUUCAGCCUUUUGUCCUCCAGUGCUUUGUACAAAUUUGUAUUGCCUAUUACCUGAGCAUUUAAAAUUCUGGGGAUGAGUGCUUAAGUUAUAAUUUUUAACUUCCUUUCCACAUUUCUGACAGACCCUAUAGAAGCACUCCUUGAAUUAUCAAUUCCCAAAGAGACCAGUUCACUUCUGUGAAGGGUACUGGGGAUAACAGAUUUUACACUUUCGUGUAUUUAACAUCAAAACUGCUACUCUGGGUGGGGUAAUACUCUGAAGAAGAAAAAAAGAAAAAAGCUUCCUUUGGUGAUAG